UGUGCGUAAUAUAUAACUUGAGAGAGAGAGCGAGAGAGACACAGAGAGAGAGAGUGACAUACAGACAGACAUAGAGAGAGAGGAGGAGGAUAGGCUUGUGCUGAGAGCGGAGCGUGGCGUAGAGAGAGGGAGCAGCUCAGCAGCGUUUCUGUCUGUCUCUGUCCCUGCUCAGAUUUCCACAGCUGUGAGCUGCACCUCUGCUACCCUACUCCACGCGGAUCUACUGGGGGGUGUGUGUCUUAGAGUAUAUUCCUGUGUGUGUGUGUUAGAGUUGCUUGCAAGUCUACAGCAUGCAUUGUGUGUUUCUCCGCUGCUCCAGUGAUGGUUCUCCCACCUAAGGGUGAAGGCUCUGCUACGGACUCUAUCUAAAACACAUGAGCCCUGGCAUAGCCAGCCCUGGCGUAGUAUCCCAGUAAGAUGGGAAAUGCCUCUGAAACAUCUUUGUUCGCUGACACAUCUUCGUUCCUUUCUACCAUCUCUAAAGAACAUGACAUCCUCAUGGGGACCAUCUAUGCCAUAUUUGGUGUUUUCUCACUGGUGGGGAAUGGGAUAUUGCUGUUUGUGGCCUACCGGAAGAAGUCCUCCCUGAAGCCGACUGAGUUCUUUGUUAUAAACCUCUCCGUCAGUGACCUCGGAAUGACCAUCUCUCUCUUCCCCAUGGCCAUCUCAUCAGCCUUCGCACACAAGUGGCUGUUCAGUGAUGUUACAUGUAUGAGCUAUGCCUUCUGUGGGGUUUUGUUUGGACUAGCCAGUCUCACCAACCUCACAGUGUUGUCAUCUGUGUGCUGGCUUAAGGUCUGCUGUCCCAGCUAUGGUAACAAGUUCUCAUCCUGCCAUGCCUAUCUCCUAAUAGCAGCGGUGUGGUGCUAUGCUCUUAUCUUUGCCAUCGGGCCUCUGACUGGCUGGGGCCGGUAUGGUUCUGAACCCUACGGUACAGCCUGCUGUAUCGACUGGUACGCCCCCGGCCAAAGCAGAGCUGCCAUGAGCUACAUCAUCUGCCUCUUCCUCUUCUGCUACAUCGUCCCCUGCAUCAUCAUCUUCCUCUCCUAUAUCUUCAUCCUGCUGACUGUCAAGGGAUCACGCCAGGCGGUGCAGCAGCACAUAUCCCCACAGAACAAGAUCCCCAACACACACACACUCAUCGUUAAGCUCUCGGUGGCGGUGUGUAUCGGUGUCGUGAUCGCCUGGAGCCCAUACGCCUUCGUCUCCAUGUGGGCGGCGUUCGUUAACUCAGCGGAGGUCCCUCCCUUUGCUUUCGCUGUGGCUGCCAUCUUUGCCAAGUCCUCCACCCUCUACAAUCCUAUCGUUUACUUGGUCUUCAAACCCAACUUCCGCAGGUCCCUCUGCCGGGACUGGCUGACAUGCCGACGGACCCUAUGUGCGUGUUUGUGCUCGCACGGCUCGAACCAGAAGGUGUCCUGUACACAGUCCCAGCAGCAUGGGAAGGAGGAGUGUAACUCGACGCGGCGGUCCAAUGGAUUGCCGGAGAACCAUAGGGGGGCAUGCAGGCACUGCCCAUGCCCAGAGAGAGACACUGGUUCUGGCGGAUACGGCCAAGAAACUACCCCUCAGAGGACUGCAAGGAUACUGCAGGGGUCCACACAUAGCGAAGUGGCUGUUAGUCAGCUGUCCAAUGAGAUGCAGAGUGACUUCCUCUGAAAAGACAAAGGAGAGAGAGUAAGCAAACGAGAGAGGGAAGGGAGGAUGAGGGGAGAGAAAGGGGGAGAGGGAGAAGGUAGAAAGUUAGAGGGAGGGAAAUGUGGGAGAGAAAGGCAGUGACCGGGAGGAGGAGAGCGAGAGAUGAGAAAAGACGAGCAGUGAAAUGUUUUUUACAUACAAAAUAAAAAACAUGGAGAGGGAAAGAUCAGAAGGAAAAUACUUUCAAACAGGAAAUAAGUUAUUGUUGAGGAAGGGCAGGUGUGAACUUGCACUAACAAUCACAACAAGGCCAUCCUAACUCCUCUCACUCAGAGGAGUGGCCAAACCAAUCACCUCGGAACCUGUUACUGCCACAAAACUAACUCAACCACAAACUGAACUAAACCAGGGGUGUAUUCAUUAUGCAGAUGCUGUUGGAAAAUGUUUCUUCUGUUGCGAAAUUUUUAGCAACAGAAACGGUUUAUUCCAAACAGAAAACGUUUUGCAAUGAAAAUGAGAAUAUUUAUUGGACAAAUUCAGCUAGGUCCCUCACUGUUUCAUUCCGUUUGCUCUGUUUGCUUCCAUUUGGUUCUUAACCUUGUAAGACGUAAUGAUUACAACCCUGUCAACCAACAUGCGACCACAAACUGAAGAGUCAGCAACAUACCAAAAACUCAACCAAAAUACCACCACAGACUGAGCAGCCAAUAACAACCAGGAACUCAACCAACAAACUCACCUAAGCCAGACUGAAAAACAGACUUAGCCAACAAGCCCCUGAUCUCUCGGAUGCAGCUGGUUUGAUUAAAAAAGACUUGAAAGUCAUGAAACCACAGUCUUGAUGCAGUAGUUAGAGAUAUCGGACACAGGGCCAACAAGAGGGUCCAUAAUGAGAACUACACUGGUGUUUAGGGAAAUACUACCAGAUGGAGUAUCAGCUUCUACAUAUGUCCCACAGGGCCUACCAAAGUAGAGAGAGAGAGAGACGUGGAUGAGGAUACUAUGGUGUAUAUAUUAAAACUCACAUAACUGAGAGAGUUGUCUACAUGGGGGCUUGGAGUGUGUGAACCGAAUUAAGACAUCACUUAGCUGAAGGCAGAACAUGAGAAAAUUAACCCCUUAGUUGCUGUAUUGAUCACAUUACAGUGGUGUGAGUCAGAGUCAGACUUGGCCAAGCAGCCGUGUCCAGAAUUAUUCAGUGAACAGUUAGGACUGUGUUCAAUGCCCCAGUGCCAAAUGAGCUACCAUGAAAAAUAAACAUUUCCACACCAUGGUUGGGAUCAAUUUUAACUCAGUCAAUCCAGGAAGUGAAUGGAACAUUCCCAAUUCUGCACACAGUCUCAAUAAAGUUCAACUAAAAUGUCCUCUCAAAUCUCAGACAUUCUCUCAGUUUUUACCCCAGACAUGAAACCAACGCAACAACAGCUACAAGACUAAUACACAAUCUAUAAAAAAUCAAAUUAAAAGAUCCCGUUUUGCAAUUUAGCCUCAGAAAACAAAAUAGAUAAAAUAUUGAGCUAUAGUGAGUUGUGUUGCUAUCUACUUUCUCCUUCCAGUGUUUCCCCAGGAGUGUAGAUAGAUGGUUAUUGUAAACAAAUUGGAGAAGGGUACAGUGGAGGUGCUGAACUACAGAGCUGGGCUGGUUCUGCUUGGUUAAACAAAUUGGCCUGCCAUCACCGUACAAUCAAUAUAGAGCCAUUAUAGAGUUCUCACUGGGUCCAGAGAGGGAGCUCAAAUCUGGGAUCACGGAACAGCCAAAGCCCCAGGACUUGACCCAAAACAGUGAUAGUGCUAUUGUUGAGAGUGUAAUUGUUGACAUAGUUUUGACAUUUGUGUGUUCUCAUUUACAUUAAUGUGUGCUUAUGUACGUGUUGUUUGAUGCAAUUUGCAUAUGCGUGUUUCUGUGUGUGAGAAUAGCUACUGUAUGACUGUUUCAGUUUGCAAGUCUAUGUGGGCAUAUGUUAGUGCAGUAACUCACUGAGGAAAGUCGUAACAUUAUUCUCUACAUUGAGUAAGUCACAAACAAAAUAGAACUCGAAGCUCUCAAAUAAAAUAAAAUAAAAUGUUAUUUGUCACAUUCGCCGAAUACAACAGGUGUAGAUAUUACUGUGAAAUGCUUACUUACAAGCCCUUAACCAACAAUGCAGUUUUAAGAAAACUAAGAAUAAUAUUUAAUAAAGAAACUAAAGUAAAAAAUAAAAGAGCAACAAUAAAAUAACAAUAACGAGGCUAUAUACAGGGGGUACCAGUACCGAGUCAAUGUGCGGGGGUACAGGUUAGUCGAGGUAACUGAGGUAAUAUGUGCAUGUAGGUAGUGGUAAUGUGGCUAUGCAUAGAUAAUAGAUAAUAAACAGUGAGUAGCAGCUGCGUAAAAAAAAGGGGGGAGGGUCAAUGCAAAUAGUGCAGGUAGCCAUUUGAUUAGCUGUUCAGCAGUCUCAGGUAGGUGUUGUAGUAAAAUAUGACAUGAAUGAGCUUUUCUUCAAUCCACUGAAGACCUAUCUCCUCUUGUUCCUCUCCUCUUUAGUGAGAGAAACAUAGAGUUGCUAUUUCAUAAAGGGACUUCUAGAGAGACAACAGGUAUGCUUUAAGACCUGAAGACAGAGUACAGAUGAGCUUAAUGUUUUGUCUGGCUAGAACUUUCUAUUCACUCCUCUAGGACACUGGGUCAUCAAACUCGUCUAAACACUGUGCCGCUGUGUUAACCAGUAAUCAGGUCCGCUAAAGAUCAUGUCAUGCUCCAGUCUGAUUAUCUCUGAUACAUUAACUAUUUCAUGUUACAACAAUAACAGUUUAUAUCUAUUGUUCACAAAAUACCACAGUGUCAGCACAAACACCUUAAGCAGUCUUGUGGUUCAGCACCUUCAGAACUAAAAGACAGUGGCUUUGUUAUUAUUGAAUAAUGCAGCAAUAACUCAAUGCUAGAAAUUGUAAUCUGCUCUGUGGGUGACUUGGCCAAUCUCUGACUUUAAAGCAUGUAUCUCCACCCUGACCCCUGACCUCCAGAGAAAGAUAUCCUCUCUGUUUCUCCAUCCACCCCCCUCCCCCCCUCUCUCUCUCCAUCCAAUGCUCCUUUAUUUAAUGAAAGUGUCAAUAUUAUUGAAACAGCUCUAUUAUUAUGUUGUAAUGUCUUUACGACCCUGUUAUGAGUUUAAAAUAGAGUAUAGAUGUGUAUUUUAGCCGCACUAAAGAAAACACAAGACCUAGUCGGACAGCUGAAGAGAAGAUGCAACAUACAAUGAUUGAGAUGACCAUGCUGAGCCAAGCUCAUGUGAGGAAUUAACAGGGUACUUUUUAGUAAUCUCCCAUCACAACUUCUAAUCUGAGCCAUCGAUUUACAGGGUUUAGCAAACUCAGAUUGAACACUAGUUUGUCAACGGCCGCCAUAUUGGCACCAAAGGUUACAAUCGCGUUCUAUUGAUGAAUAUAGAAUGUUUGGUGUGAACGUGGAGGUUGGUUCAGCCACAUCGCCGCAGCUGAACAGCACCCUGUUCCCUGAAUAGUACAGACAUAGGGUGUCCGUUGGGAUCUUUCCUUUCCUUCUAAUACUAUGGUGGAUAAGAUAUGUUUGUCCUUUGACAAUGGGGUGGAACUUGGAACCAUAACUGUGCAUUUGUGAUAUAUUUCUUUAUAUGUAAUGAUAUUGAUCAGUGAUCAUAUUACUGCAUGGUUCAUAAGGAGUAUACAUCACCGUCAGGCCAUCAGGGCACCUGGCCAUCUCAUCCAAACAGCACAUAUGUACCAGAUGUCAGGGCUUUCAAACGGGUUUGGUUUGCAUGUACAGGUGUACAAAUGUCUAUGUACAGAAGUUAUAUAUAGUUGUAGAUACCAGCCUACAUGCAUACUUGGGGGAAUGGGUGACCCCCAAAUUGUGUCCUUGGAAAUGGGGUUGAAUGGUAAAUAUCUCAAAUAACAAACAAAUCAGAGCACACAAACAGUGUGUUUUAACAUUGACUCUUUAUGCAGUGCCAAUGCAAAACCUCUUCCUGGUCCUCUGGCUGUCUGUUCAUUUGGUCCUUAAUGCCCCGUUGUCUCCGCGUGAAAAUUGGUUUCCCAUUAUUGACCUUGAGUGGUCAUUUGCAAGGGGACCACAUGAAAAUAACUUGGACCGCCUCAGAUGCAAUUAUUUUUAAAGUUCCAUUCAAUUGCAGUCUGAUUGUGAUCAUAUAAAAUUACAUUUUUGCUAAAGCAAAGAACAUUAUAGCCGAUAUCGCUAGCUCUCCAGCACCAAAUUUACUCCAUAUUUAACGUUUGAUUCUGUCCUGAGCUCCACAUCAUCUCUGAUAUCAAUGUCAUCUACAGUGAAGCGUCUCACAUGGGCCCGUUUAUUUAUUAUGUUGUAAUCUUUGGACCGACUUUUUACAUGAAGUGGUCUAAAGAAGAUGUAAGUACAUUGUCUUUUUUUUAGGCUUCGGCCCUAACUUAUGGCUAUCCACAUCAGUCUCAAGGAGAUGAAAACCUAUCUGUUCUGUUACCAUAGCUCGUCCAACCUCAUUCACCCCAGCAGCGUCAUCCCAGCAGGGUUAUGAAUCAUCAGAGGACCAUAAUGUUGUAACGUUAUAGUACCAACAUUCACAUAUGCUCUGGCUUUUUCUUGGCCUGAACGGGUGAGCUAAAUUCUACGUUAUGUCCAGAAGUCUCCAUUGAAUACUGUCAAUCAGUCCUGCUUAACUAAAGCUAAAUGGAUGAAUACAGAUGGGGUUUGGAUAUCUCCUCUGCAGCAGGAUAGCAGUAGGACUUUAGUUGGAACUAUAUUCCUCUGUGCUCAUGCUGUGCAGACCAGAUAGUAUGUCCCCAAAUGACACUGUCUGAGUUGAAAGGGUAAAAAAACAGUAUUGAAUUACUGACUGAACCCCCAUCAUGCACACAUGCAGGCGCAGGCGCACGCACACACACACACACACACACACACACACACACACACACACACACACACACACACACACACACACACACACACACACACACACACACACACACACACACACACACACACACACACACACACACACACACACACACACACACACACAGGAAGAGGUUGCUGACCUUCUCCACCACUUCCAAAGACACAGAACGAGGCUGGAUGUGAUGUACACAUAUGUUUAUAUAAAAUAUAUGGUUUUAAAAUAUUACUGCUAUCAAUAUAAUUAUUAAGAUGAUUAUUAUUAUCAUUGUCAGUGAGGUCUCAGAUGCACUGUGAAAACAUGUUUACAAGAAAGCAUAAAAAAUAAAGUGCUAUUUGUUAAAAAAUA